AUGGAACAAAACCUUAAGUCAAUCAUAUUUUUUAAAAUUUGUGCCUUUGUUCUUUUAACUUGGAUAUGUCAUCAUAACAGUGAUAUGAUAACUUCUAACAAACCUCUGAAGGAAAAAUGCAAAUUUCAUAAAAAAAUAAAUACAAGAAAUUAUCGAUUAUUAGCAAAACAUAAACAUGAUAAUGAUUCAUUAAUUACAGGGUUAAAAGAAAAUGUACCAAAUAAUAAAGUUCCUAAAAGAAAAGAUAUAUCACAUAACGAAAAUAUAAGGACAGGAAAAAAGGAAUUAUUAAAUACAUGUUCUUCAAGUAGUACAGUUGCCGAUAAAAAAGCUAUUAAAAAUAAAUCUCGUAUAUUUGAAACAAAAAAAUAUUCCCAUUUGGAAAAAAAAAUAUUUAAAGAACUAGAUUACGAGAAUUUUCUUAAAAACAACAGAUCAAUUAGUGAUAAGACUUACAAAAAUAUAAUCAUAAAAAAAUAUGGUUUGCGAUUAGCUCUUCCUGUAUUAUUGUUCUUAAUUUUAUUUAUAGUAUUCAUAAUAAAUUUUUCACUGGGUUUUUCUACUACUAAAGUUUCAUGGGAUAGUGGUUUAUUUGGGUUAUCGGAUUAUAUAAAAAACUUCGAAGUUGGUAAUAGUUGGCUAUCAGAAGUUUUAAAAUGGUUGAAAAAUAAUACAUCAGGGUUAUGGCUGCACUAUGGUACAACAAAGGAUACAUCUUCUACUCUAUGUAAUUUGUGCAAAGAAGCAACAGGAGAAGGUGUUAAGCUCAGUGAAAAAUGUAUAUUAGGACAGUUAUUUGGAUAUAUAUUCUAUUUCGUACCGUUCAUUAUAUUAGGUGUCACAUUUAUAUCAUGGAUUAUUUAUUACCAUAAAAAAGUUAAAAAAUAUCAAAAAAUUAAAUUAAGGAAAAGAUAA